AUGGCCGUCGACGACCGCCUGUCCGCGCUCCCCGACCAGCUUCUCCGCCGCAUCCUCCACUUCGCCCCGGCCAAGGAGGCCGCCUCCACGAGAGCGCUCUCCCGGCGCUGGCGCUCGCCGCUCUUGCGCUCCUCGGGGGCCGUAAACCUCGAGACGCACGUCGAGCGCAUAGAACGACUCUACCAAAGCUGGGGAGAGGAGCGCAAGAGCCUGGAGGCCACGUUCUUCUUCCGGCGCGACGCCUUCGUCUCCGCGGCCCAGGCGGCGCUCGCCGCCGCCGACCACAUCACGACGCUUACCCUGCGCGUGAAGUUCGAGUUUGGCGUCGACCGCAGGUUCCUGCAAUACAACAGCGACGGGUUGUGCUCGUCGCCGGACCAGGACCAAAGCGUGAUCGCCACGCUUCUCUCCCACCCGGCGGCGCAACACAUCCAAGUCCUCCGGCUCGCCGUUGAAGGCUGCAACGACACCUACUAUGAGCCGGAGAAGGAGAUCGCCCGGAAAGUGGUAGGCGAGUACAUGCUCAGCCUCCGCUUCCUGCCGUCGGAGACCCUCCGCGUGCUCGAACUCACCAACUGCAACAGCAUCCUUCCACUGGCCACCACAGUCGUGUUCACCCGGCUUUCAUCGAUGCGGCUGCGGCAUUGCACCGUGCGCCUCGAUGACCUCCAGAGCCUCAUCCACGCCGCGCCGGCGCUCGCCACCAUCCACCUUGAGUCCAUCGUCAUCACCAUCAGGCCAACAAACGACGCGAGCGCGGCAACCCACCGCGCCUUGGACGAUACUUCUCCCCCACCACCGACAGAAAUAGUGCUCCAAUGUUCGGCGGCCAUCGUGCUCAUGCUCCGGAGGUGCAGCUGGAGAGGGAAUGAUCACGAGACCCCCGCCGUCGUCGCCGUGGAGAUCCAUGCGCCGAGGCUGCGGCGCUUCGUGUACAUGGGGCUUCUCCGACGGUUCACGAUGAGCCCGCAGCCACAGGACUUGUCACGGGCAGACCUGCACUUUUUCGGGCCAUGCGACAAGAAAAGGUAUGUGUAUCCACACCGGAAGCACCCUAGCGAGGAGGAUCCAAAUCCCAACCUCGUGACCUUCUGGCGAUUCCUCCAGGACAUAAGCAGCACCAAGCAGUUGAAGCUGAGGGUGAACAACCUCGAGGACAUGGCCGUGCUCAGCGAGGCAAUGCGCGUCGAGCUCCUGCCCGCCUUCUGCAACCUCGAGCGGCUCGAGCUGCAAGGAGUGCACAGGCCGAAAGGCAAGACCGCGUCGGUGGCGAUCGCGAACCUGCUACGCUGCUCCCCCGUGCUCCGCAAUCUCCGGAUCAACCUUACCACGGCGCAACACGGGGCCAUACUAAGGUAUGACCGCAUAGAAGGGUACGUGGAAACAAAGUUCCUAUCUGACCGUGACAAGUCAGUAGAUCUUAUCAACCGCGCAGAGCCGACAACAGUUUCUCUUGAAGAUGAUGGCGAUGUUAACAGUGCUGAGGUUUUAGAUAUCCCUGGCCUGAGUCGGCACUCGUUCGAAUGCUUGCAGAGCUCACUGAAGAGAAUGAGCUUGCAGUUUCGGUUGGAGGAGUCCAACUGUUUGGGCGUCAAGCUGAUCAAAUUCUUUACCAAGAACGCGACCGUUCUUGAAGAAAUGCAUAUCGACACUGGAAACAGGAAGUUGUGCGAGCAUAUGAACAGCAAGGUUAAAACAUGGAUCACCAGUUCAUCCAAAAUGAGAAAGUCAGGAGCCUCAAGCUUUAUGGUUUUACCCCUUGAGUCAAGAGAACUCUGCGUCGAACGAGGAUUUUGA